AUGCUUCGGUCAAUAUUCCGGUCGCCGAGGACGCCGCUCGCCUCAGCGAAAGCGGCCUCACAAAUUAAUAAAGCCGGCGAGACAGUAGUGCUACACAGAGUGAAGAUAAAGCCUCGGUCAAGGUUGAGAUCGCUCGGUAUUGGCUUCGGCACCCUCGUAUUCGCCGCCCAGAUCUACACCACCGUGGUGCUGGGACCCGUUGCGCAAUGGCUCGACAAGGAGCUGGAUGAGAUGGACCAGAUGGACGAGAAGGAGCUUGAGGAAGCCGAGCCGAUCUUUAUUGCAUUCCCCUUCACCACAAAACAAGUCGAGUCGCUGCCGUACCGAGGGUCCGACGAGGAAUGGCAAACAUUCAUCAAAGUGAACAAGGACCAGAACCUACAGAUGAGAAUCAGAAAUGAUCUAGCAAACAUUGCUCGCACAGUGGCAGAAGCAAACCCCAUACUUAAGAAUAGACUGGGUGACCGCAUGGCGGUAAGGAGAUGGUGGAUGGACGUCGAUUACCCCUACAAACCAUCUCCAACAUUCGAGCGAUCUGGGCUCGAGAUCAAUGACGAAGGUAUAGACUGGGUCACGAAGCCAGUCGAUGCAGCCACCGUAUUCCGAACGCAGCGAAUUUUGUUCCCCUCCCCGGUCGCCGCGUCGAUGUUCUCUUUCGCCGGGACAAUGUUCAAGCAAAAUGUAGCAGAAAUAGCAAAGAUGCUUGGCUAUGAACCUAAGUCCCCCGUCUUGCCAGUAAAUCCCAAUGCGAUUAUCGAAAAAACUCUCAAGCAGCUGGGAGCCCGUCCUCGCCCCGAAGCAUCCAAGGAGUCAGGGGUACUGCCGGCGCCGAACCAUCAGACACCCGACGGCACGGCGACACCGAACAUAGCUGCAGAUCGCUCUACAAGAUCGCCGUCUCCCUUGGGCCCUGCCGCUUCGAAGGCUACCUCUCCCACAACUCCCGAGAUCCCCACAGACCCGGACAAGCCCGCAUCAGCGAAGGACUUGGUGCCCCACUCGAGUUUCCAGGCACAUUACGCAGGUCCUUGGGCUGCGUUCAAGAGAAAGCUGGCACAGAAAUGGCGACCCAUGCGGGACCUCCCUCCACGCGGUGCCAUUAGGGUUAGUGGCUUGGUGGAAUUAGAAGGCCCUCGGGCUUACGCCGUCAUCGACGUGGUCGGCUGGUGGAACCCAAAGACGAGGAAAUUCGACCCGGCGUCCAUGUUCAUGGGUCUCAGGAGGUUACAGAUGAAGCAGCAAGGACCAAUGAGGUGA